AUGCCCUGUGAUGGCUGGUGUGACAGUGACGACACUAGUUGUGAUAACAGCACCACGUGUAUGCCCUGUGAUGGCUGGUGUGACAGUGACGACACUAGUUCUGAUGGCAGCACCACGUGUAGGCCCUGUGGUGACUGGUGUGACAGUGACGACACUAGUUCUGAUGGCAGCACCACGUGUAGGCCCUGUGGUGACUGGUGUGACAGUGACGACACUAGUUCUGAUGACAGCACCACGUGUAUGCCCUGUGAUGGCUGGUGUGACAGUGACGACACUAGUUCUGAUGGCAGCACCACGUGUAGGCCCUGUGGUGACUGGUGUGACAGUGACGACACUAGUUCUGAGGGCAGCACCACGUGUAGGCCCUGUGGUGACUGGUGUGACAGUGACGACACUAGUUCUGAUGGCAGCACCACGUGUAGGCCCUGUGGUGACUGGUGUGACAGUGACGACACUAGUUCUGAUGACAGCACCACGUGUAUGCCCUGUGAUGGCUGGUGUGACAGUGACGACACUAGUUCUGAUGACAGCACCACGUGUAUGCCCUGUGAUGGCUGGUGUGACAGUGACGACACUAGUUGUGAUGGCAGCACCGCGUGUAGGCCCUGUGAUGGCUGGUGUGACAGUGACGACAAUAGUUCUGAUGACAGCACAACGUGUAUGCCCUGUGAUGGCUGGUGUGACAGUGACGACACUAGUUGUGAUGGCAGCACCACGUGUAUGCCCUGUGAUGGCUGGUGUGACAGUGACGACACUAGUUCUGAUGGCAGCACCACGUGUAUGCCCUGUGAUGGCUGGUGUGACAGUGAUGACACUAGUUGUGAUGGCAGCACCACGUGUAUGCCCUGUGAUGGCUGGCGUGACAGUGACGACACUAGUUGUGAUGACAGCAUCAAGUGUAGGCCCUGUGAUGGCUGGUGUGACAGUGACGACAAUAGUUGUGAUGACAGCACCACGUGUAGGCCCUGUGAUGGCUGGUGUGACAGUGACGACACUAGUUGUGAUGGCAGCACCACGUGUAUGCCCUGUGAUGGCUGGUGUGACAGUGACGACACUAGUUGUGAUGACAGCACCACGUGUAGGCCCUGUGAUGGCUGGUGUGACAGUGACGACACUAGUUGUGAUGGCAGCACCACGUGUAUGCCCUGUGAUGGCUGGUGUGAAAGUGACGACACUAGUUGUGAUGACAGCACCACGUGUAUGCCCUGUGAUGGCUGGUGUGACAGUGACGACACUAGUUGUGAUGGCAGCACCACGUGUAUGCCCUGUGAUGGCUGGUGUGACAGUGACGACACUAGUUCUGAUGACAGCACCACGUGUAGGCCCUGUGAUGGCUGGUGUGACAGUGACGACACUAGUUGUGAUGGCAGCACCACGUGUAUGCCCUGUGAUGGCUGGUGUGACAGUGACGACACUAGUUGUGAUGGCAGCAUCACGUGUAGGCCCUCUAAUGGCUGGUGUGACAGUGACGACACUAGUUGUGAUGACAGCACCGCGUGUAGGCCCUGUGAUGGCUGGUGUGACAGUGACGACACUAGUUCUGAUGACAGCACCACGUGUAUGCCCUGUGAUUGCUGGUGUGACAGUGACGACACUAGUUGUGAUGACAGUACAACGUGUAGGCCCUGUGAUGGCUGGUGUGACAGUGACGACAAUAGUUGUGAUGACAGCACCACGUGUAUGCCCUGUGAUGGCUGGUGUGACAGUGACGACAAUAGUUCUGAUGACAGCACCGCGUGUAUGCCCUGUGAUUGCUGGUGUGACAGUGCCGAUACGAGUUCUGAUUACAGCACCACGUGUAUGCCCUGUGAUGGCUGGUGUGACAGUGACGACACUAGUUGGGAUGACAGCACCACGUGUAUGCCCUGUGAUGGCUGGUGUGACAGUGACGACACUAGUUGUGAUGACAGCACAACGUGUAUGCCCUGUGAUGGCUGGUGUGACAGUGACGACAAUAGUUGUGAUGACAGCACCACGUGUAUGCCCUGUGAUGGCUGGCGUGACAGUGACGACAAUAGUUCUGAUGGCUGCACCACGUGUAUGCCCUGUGAUGGCUGGUGUGACAGUGACGACAAUAGUUCUGAUGGCAGCACCGCGUGUAUGCCCUGUGAUUGCUGGUGUGACAGUGACGACACGAGUUCUGAUGACAGCACCACGUGCAUGCCCUGUGAUGGCUGGUGUGACAGUGACGACAAUAGUUCUGAUGACAGCACCACGUGUAUGCCCUGUGAUGGCUGGUGUGACAGUGACGACACUAGUUGUGAUGACAGCAUCACGUGUAGGCCCUCUAAUGGCUGGCGUGACAGUGACGACACUAGUUGUGAUGACAGCACCACGUGUAUGCCCUGUGAUGGCUGGUGUGACAGUGACGACACUAGUUGUGAUGACAGCACCACGUGUAGGCCCUGUGAUUGCUGGUGUGACAGUGACGACACUAGUUGUGAUGACAGUACAACGUGUAGGCCCUGUGAUGGCUGGUGUGACAGUGACGACAAUAGUUGUGAUGACAGCACCACGUGUAUGCCCUGUGAUGGCUGGUGUGACAGUGACGACAAUAGUUCUGAUGCUAGCACCACGUGUAUGCCCUGUGAUUGCUGGUGUGACAGUGCCGAUACGAGUUCUGAUAACAGCACCACGUGUAUGCCCUGUGAUGGCUUGUGUGACAGUGACGACAAUAGUUGUGAUGACAGCACCACGUGUAUGCCCUGUGAUGGCUGGCGUGACAGUGACGACAAUAGUUCUGAUGACAGCACCAAGUGUAUGCCCUGUGAUGGCUGGUGUGACAGUGCCGAUACGAGUUCUGAUGACAGCACCACGUGUAUGCCCUGUGAUGGCUGGUGUGACAGUGACGACACGAGUUCUGAUGACAGCACCACGUGUAUGCCCUGUGAUGGCUGGUGUGACAGUGACGACAAUAGUUCUGAUGACAGCACCACGUGUAUGCCCUGUGAUGGCUGGCGUGACAGUGACGACACUAGUUCUGAUGGCAGCACAACGUGUAUGCCCUGUGAUGGCUGGUGUGACAGUGACGACACUAGUUGUGAUGACAGCACCACGUGUAUGCCCUGUGAUGGCUGGUGUGACAGUGACGACACUAGAUGUGAUGACAGCACUACGUGUAGGCCCUGUGAUGGCUGGUGUGACAGUGACGACAAUAGUUCUGAUGACAGCACCACGUGUAUGCCCUGUGAUGGCUGGUGUGACAGUGACGACACUAGUUGUGAUGGCAGCAUCACGUGUAGGCCCUCUAAUGGCUGGUGUGACAGUGACGACACUAGUUGUGAUGACAGCACCACGUGUAUGCCCUGUGACGGCUGGUGUGACAGUGACGACACUAGUUGUGAUGACAGCACCACGUGUAUGCCCUGUGAUGGCUGGUGUGACAGUGACGACACUAGUUGUGAUGACAGCACCAAGUGUAUGCCCUGUGAUGGCUGGUGUGACAGUGCCGAUACGAGUUCUGAUGACAGCACCACGUGUAUGCCCUGUGAUGGCUGGUGUGACAGUGACGACACGAGUUCUGAUGACAGCACCACGUGUAUGCCCUGUGAUGGCUGGUGUGACAGUGACGACAAUAGUUCUGAUGACAGCACCACGUGUAUGCCCUGUGAUGGCUGGCGUGACAGUGACGACACUAGUUCUGAUGGCAGCACAACGUGUAUGCCCUGUGAUGGCUGGUGUGACAGUGACGACACUAGUUGUGAUGACAGCACCACGUGUAUGCCCUGUGAUGGCUGGUGUGACAGUGACGACACUAGUUGUGAUGACAGCACUACGUGUAGGCCCUGUGAUGGCUGGUGUGACAGUGACGACAAUAGUUCUGAUGACAGCACCACGUGUAUGCCCUGUGAUGGCUGGUGUGACAGUGACGACACUAGUUGUGAUGGCAGCAUCACGUGUAGGCCCUCUAAUUGCUGGUGUGACAGUGACGACACUAGUUGUGAUGACAGCACCACGUGUAUGCCCUGUGACGGCUGGUGUGACAGUGACGACACUAGUUGUGAUGACAGCACCACGUGUAUGCCCUGUGAUGGCUGGUGUGACAGUGACGACACUAGUUGUGAUGACAGCAAAACGUGUAUGCCAUGUGAUGGCUGGUGUGACAGUGACGACAAUAGUUGUGAUGACAGAACCACGUGUAUGCCCUGUGAUGGCUGGUGUGACAGUGACGACAAUAGUUCUGAUGGCAGCACCAAGUGUAUGCCCUGUGAUUGCUGGUGUGACAGUGCCGAUACGAGUUCUGAUGGCAGCACCACGUGUAUGCCCAGUGAUGGCUGGUGUGACAGUGACGACAAUAGUUCUGAUGACAGCACCACGUGUAUGCCCUGUGAUGGCUGGUGUGACAGUGACGACACUAGUUGUGAUGGCAGCACCACGUGUAGGCCCUCUAAUGGCUGGUGUGACAGUGACGACACUAGUUGUGAUGGCAGCAUCACGUGUAGGCCCUCUAAUGGCUGGUGUGACAGUGACGACACUAGUUGUGAUGACAGCACCGCGUGUAGGCCCUGUGAUGGCUGGUGUGACAGUGACGACACUAGUUGUGAUGACAGCACCACGUGUAUGCCCUGUGAUUGCUGGUGUGACAGUGACGACACUAGUUGUGAUGACAGUACAACGUGUAGGCCCUGCGAUGGCUGGUGUGACAGUGACGAUAAUAGUUGUGAUGACAGCACCACGUGUAUGCCCUGUGAUGGCUGGUGUGACAGUGACGACACUAGUUCUGAUGGCAGCACCGCGUGUAUGCCCUGUGAUUGCUGGUGUGACAGUGCCGAUACGAGUUCUGAUUACAGCACCACGUGUAUGCCCUGUGAUGGCUGGUGUGACAGUGACGACACUAGUUGUGAUGACAGCACCACGUGUAUGCCCUGUGAUGGCUGGUGUGACAGUGACGACACUAGUUGUGAUGACAGCACAACGUGUAUGCCCUGUGAUGGCUGGUGUGACAGUGACGACAAUAGUUGUGAUGACAGCACCACGUGA